GUCUCAUUAGAAUAGAAUACAUUUUAUUCAACAUGGCUGGUCGUCCCCCUUAUGGAACCCUUCCCCUCGCUCAACAGGAAAAUAAUGGGUUUAGACCACUCUUAAGGCCUCGCGGUAAAACUGCUACAAUUGCUUCAGUUGUCAUCGCUGUAAUUGGAGGAACGAUGUUGCUGUUUGCUGUGAAGGAGAAGGAAGACAGAGAAGGAAUUCAUUUCAUUUUGUUUAUAGCAGCCUUGCUAACCCUAAGUCUAGUUCUCGGAGAACUAUUGCGAAGAUUCUGCCUGGUGUUUGAAGAGAUUCGACACAAAUACACGAGAUAUGAAGGAAAGUGGAGGCUCAUUUUUAAGGCAACUCUUACUUUCGAACAUGGAAAGAGUAUUUUGGUCGCAGCCACUGCUUCCGCUCUGACAUUGAUUUUCUUCUUGUUUGAACAUUACGAGGUUUUCUGUUGUUCACCCUAUGUCAUCUUGUUUUCACUCAACUGUUUCGUCAUUCCGCAGUUGCUGUUCCUGUUGGGUCUCCGACAACCUUCUACUGCUGAGAGAUCGGAAAUCAACGAACGAGAAAACAAGAACGUUGCUGAAGGACUGGCCUGGAACUACUACUUCGGGUAUCUAAAGCUGGUGCUGCCAAGGCUCGAGCGUCAAAUAGCAAAAUCGGUGCAAUUCCGCUUCAAGAUAAAACACAAAAGGCUUUUCAUUUUGUUACCCAAAUCGUGCUACACAUAUCCUGAAAUCGCAGAAGCAGAUUACAGGGUGAAAUCUGUUGGUAAUCUCCCGGAGAGCAAAAUAAACAGGGGAGGAAUCAAGGAAAGGAUUUACAAGCACACAGUACAUCGGGUAGAGAUGCUCCGCCCAGAUGGAACGACAGAGGAAUACUACUUUGUACUGGAAUACGCCACCGCUCUGAUGUCCUUAUAUCAGAUGUCUCAGAAUGCGGCUGCUCCGCUGAGUUAUCAGGAUCGAACACAUCAGGUGGAGAUGUUCAUCUCGAAACUGACGGAUAUUCUGAAAAGCUGCGAAGAAUGCAAAGGGAAGUAUGAAUUGGUGCCAAUUUCAGGAGAUGAAACAGACAAGAUUGCAGACGUCCUGGUUGGAAUUCAUAAUAGAGAGUUGAACGAGGAAGUUGCAUUACUCUAAGAGACACUCUGAAACGUAAUACUGGCUAUUUUUUUCAUUGUAUCAAGAAAAUGCAGAGAGGCUUGUGUUCAGGCUACCUGCAAGGAAUGAAGUGUGUUUGACAAAAUGUAGGGAUUUGUCCGGGACUGAAAGCGGAGCUCCUUAAGUUUUUUUUAAAGCGGAGCUCUAUAAGUAAUUAAAGCGCAGCGCUUUAAGUUUCUGUAAAGCGGAGCUCUAUGUAGUUUAAGUUGAGCUCUGGAAGAAUUUAGUUACCCCCGGCAAAACCCGAAUAAAAGCUUAUCUAGUCCGUCUUUUCCCUGAUCAUUAACUCCUAAAUCUACAAAGCUUAAUUUUUUGCUCUUUAGACUUUGAUGCCGAUUGUUUUAAAAAUUCACAUAUCUUUAGCUAAAUCAUUUUCAUUUUAAUAUGAAGCUCUAGAGAAAGAUGAGGAGCGAAUUUCUUAUAGGGUCAAUUCAAGCAACACAACGUCUUAUCCGUCGUAAGUCCAUAAUUCUGACACCAACGCAUUAUGCCAAAUACAAACUUUCUCGGCGCGAUCAUAAUUUUUAAGGUUUGUAACCUCGGUGGAAAUGGAAGGGAUGUUUGCUCACCAUAGACCAGUGCGUUUGUUGCUUGAACAUUACUUGACCGCUGAAAUAUGCUACUUUGAAACGAUUGUUUACGGCAGUUGUAACUGAGAACAUUGAAUUUAGCGUUUUCAUAAUAUCAAUCUUAUUUCAACGACUUGCGAGACGGUGUGAAAACGUUAUAUGACAAGCACUUCUAAAAGAUACAGAAUUUCAACAUCCUGCGUUGAGUGAAACCAAAAUCUAUGGGUUUUUUUAACUUCUCUCUCUCUCUCUCUCUCUCAGUCUCUCUC